AUGGCGGCUAAGCUGCUGGACGAUCUGCUGGCCCAAAACGUGCUGAGCCUCGAGGAGGUGGACGAGGUGCAGGAUAGGCACACAGUGCGCACUGACAAGGCCCGCUGCCUCAUCGAUUGCGUGCGUCUGAAGGGCUGCAGGGCCAGCCAGAUCUUCAUCGACAGCCUCCAGAAUCGCGAUGCCACCUUGGCGAAGGAGCUGGGUCUGGCUGCCAAGUUGGGACCCCCUGCUGAGCCAUGGGCCUCCCAAGCCACUGUGCCCCUCCCCAAGCCCCCUGUCGAUAUCCAGGGCCAGCAGUGGAUCCGGCAGUGCUCCCUGAGCGAGUACCAGCGCAUCAGGGACACAGAGGGACAUCAGAUCUACCCCAUUCACCUGCCCCGGGAGACGCGAACCCGGAGGGCCCUGCUCAUCUGCAACAUUGAGUUUGAGUGCCUGAGCCGGCGGAACGGGGCUGAAGUGGAUGUGGAGGGGAUGACAAAGCUGCUGGAAGGGCUGGGGUACACAGUGGACGUCCACCUCAACUUAACUUCCCAGGAGAUGGCUGCGGUCAUGAAGGAUUUUGCAGAUCACAAGGAGCACUGCACCUCUGACAGCACCUUCCUGGUCUUCAUGUCCCACGGGGUCAGAGCCGGGCUCUGCGGGACCAAGAGCAGGGACGAGACCACAGAUAUCCUGUCCCUCGACACCAUCUACGAGAUAUUCAACAACAAGCACUGCCGGGGGCUGCUGGGCAAACCCAAAGUGAUCAUUAUCCAGUCCUGCCGUGGAGGCAAGGUUGGGUCCGUGAUGGUGAGCGACUCUGCAGACCCUGCUUCCAGCUCAGCUGAUGCAAUCCCUGUGGAGCUAGAUGAUGAUGCAAUCUGUGAAGUCCAUGUGGAGAGUGAUUUUGCCACUUUACAUUCCUCCACACCUGAUACCAUGUCCUGGAGAAGCCCAGUAACAGGCUCCCUUUUCAUCCAGUGCCUGAUAGAGCAGUUUCGAAACCAUGCCUGUAACAGCGACUUACAGGACAUCUUCCGAAAGGUCCAACAUUCCUUUGAAAAAUUCCCUCGGCAGUUGCCAUCUCAAGAUCGGAUCACUAUGUUCAGAAAGUUGUACCUCUUCCCAGGCCACUGA